AACGACGGGAGUUUUGCAGAGAACCCACAACGCAAGUACUACCAAUCAUGGCGGCCACUGUGAACGCGUGGAGCAAGCCUGGAGCCUGGGCCUUAGAUUCCGAGGAGAACGAAGCGGAGCUUCAGCAGCAGCAGCAGAUUGUCAAAGCCGCCGCCGAAGUGGCUCCCGCCGAUUUCCCUUCUCUGGCAUCCGCCGUAUCCACCAAGACUAAGAAGAAGAAGCCGCAACCCUUAUCUAUGCAGGAGUUUCACAAUUACGCCUCCGCUAAGCAGGUUCAAUCCCCGGAGAUCAUCUCUCUCCCGACCGGCCCCCGCGAGCGGACUGCUGAAGAGCUCGACCGCUCCCGGCUUGGAGGCGGGUUUAGAUCUUACGGUUCCUCGUACGAUAGGCCGGAUC